AUGCCUUUCCUCGUUGUCGUCACCCCCAACAUUCCUGCCGACAAGAAGGAUGAGGUCCUCGGAGCAUGGCCGCAGGUCAAGGAAGAUAUUGCGAAGCAGCCAGGCGUUAUUGGAGUAGCUGGUGGACAUGUCAUCAACGAAAACGGAACACCUGUGACAGACUUCAAAUUCCUGCAAACGAUAACUUUCGAGUCCGCGGCAGAUGACAAGGCGUUUGCCGAUUCGGCGUGGAUCAAAGAGCGUGAAGAGCAGUUCAAGGCUGGUCCCGGCGGCGAGCCUCGAGUCAAAAAGUUCGAGACUGGUCCGCUUCCCGGUGAAAAGCCUAAGACAUUUACUCAGUUCUGCUUCAUUGAUGUUGCAGACGAGAGUAAGCAUGAGGAAGCGAAGCAGGCCUGGAUGGACCUAGUUGCUGCCCUCGGCCAGACCGUCCACUUUGGAGGAAAGAGUGUCGAUGGAGGUCAGUCAACUGGCUUGGGUAUCUUGGGAUGGGACAGUGAUGAGGAAGCAAAGGCUGCUUGGACCAAGCCGGAGGCACAGGCGGCGCUGCAAAAGUACCAAAGUUUUGGAAAAAGCAUUGGCGUCAUGGUAAAGCUGGAUGUAUAG